UGUGCUACUCGUGUAUUUGUUUUAGUGUGUUAGCAGUUGUAAAAAAGGUGUACUCGUAUUGUCUGCAGGUACUGCUCUCACCUCCUGCACUGUAUGUGCUGCUGUGGAUCCUGUGCAAUACAGCGUGCAGUAGUGAAGGGCUGUUAGGAUGUGUGUGGUGUCGUGUUGUGUUAGUGUAAAGCUGUGAGUUCCUGCCUGUGUCACUGGGAGUCACCAGAAGAGGGAGGGACUUGGUGCUGGGAUACAAUGCUGGUGUUUGUGUAACAGCCCCUGCGUGGCAGCCUGCCCUCUCUACUCCCUCUCUAACACUUGGUUACGGUUGCUGCACACAUUGUCAGAGAGCAGAAGAGGGAAGAGGACAGCUUGAUCUGGUCUGGUGGACGCAGGGACAGAGGUAAUGAAGAGAUGAGCAGGAUUUUUUGAGGUACUUUCUAAGGAUCUUGUGGCUAGUACCUGAACUCCAGGAAUUUAGAAGACAGAAGAGUGUGCGUGUAAUCAGCUCAUAAGUGCUGCCUCACGUAGGGGGGGCCAGGCAGGCCCUGGCAGGUCGGAGUGUGCGGCUACAGUUCAUCUUACAGUAUAAAGCGUGAGCAGGACAGCAGACUUGGAGAAGAGAAGGCUGGGUGGCACUCUGCAGGAUGCCCGAGAAGAAAGUGAGCCUCCCUGCUAAGCUGAUUAAUGGGGGCGUGGCAGGGCUUGUGGGCGUCACCUGCGUGUUCCCCAUUGAUCUGGCCAAGACCCGCCUCCAGAAUCAGCAGGGUGCUCGAGUCUAUAGUGGGAUGCUGGACUGUUUGAUUAAGACGGUUCGGGCUGAAGGCUACUUCGGCAUGUAUCGAGGAGCCGCUGUGAACCUCACUCUUGUAACACCAGAAAAAGCCAUCAAACUUGCAGCUAACGACGUCUUCAGACAGCAGCUCUCCAAAGAUGGGAAGCUGCCCCUGUGGGGGGAGAUUCUGGCAGGCUGUGGGGCAGGAACCUGUCAGGUGGUGGUCACCACCCCCAUGGAGAUGCUGAAGAUCCAGCUGCAGGAUGCGGGCAGGUUGGCUGCCCAGAGGUCAGUCUCAGCCUCAGCCUCAGCCUCGGCUCCGGCUGCCUCACCGUCUCCCACUCUGGUGGCAUCUCAAACGGCCCAGACGAGCCAUACUGCAGCUGCUCGACCAUCGGCCACCAGAAUCACACUCAACCUGCUGAGGACGCAGGGCCUCAGGGGUCUUUACAGGGGCACCGGGGCCACCCUGCUCAGGGACGUCCCGUUCUCCAUGAUCUACUUCCCGCUGUUUGCCAAACUCAACGCCGUGGGCCGAAGAGGAGGUCUCCAUGGUAACCCCCAGGAGCGAGCUCCCUUCAUGCAGUCUUUCAUGGCCGGUUGCGGCGCUGGCUCGGUGGCGGCCGUGGCGGUCACUCCACUGGACGUUAUAAAGACCCGGCUUCAGACCUUGCAGAAGGGCGAGGGAGAGGAUUCAUACCGGGGCAUCAUCGACUGCGUGCGGCGCAUCCUCAGGAGAGAGGGACCGCUUGCCUUUCUGAAAGGGGCAACGUGUCGAGCGCUAGUCAUCGCCCCGCUCUUUGGGAUCGCCCAGGGCGUGUACUUCCUGGGUAUCGGAGAAAAGGUCCUGGGAAUUCUCGAAUAGAGGUUAAGAGGCGGAGUCUCUUCUUGAAGAACAAACACACAGUACUAUUUUUACGUGAAGGAGGUGAAGAGGGAGGGAGCGAGUGGUUAAAAGAGGGAGAUAUCCACUUACUUAACCAAAGGAGUCAGGAUAGGUGGAGCUGGAAAGAAAGGGACGGUUGCUAAUGCUAACACAGGCAGUGGUUGCACACUAAUCGCUUUUCUUUAGCGUUCUAAAAGCUGCAAACAGGGUUCUCUAGGCAAAACAGGGUCCUGGUCAGGGUCCUCAGUAUUCAACAAGUGUCUGGAUUACUUGAUUUACUUUCUUCAGUUUCAGUAUGUCAUCAUAUAUAUGUACAUAAGAUACAAGGGGCAUGAUCUGAAAAAAAAAAGUAUGUCAACCAGCAGCAGUAGUAAUAUUAAUGCCUUGUAAUGUUUCCCUAUGCUAGAACUAUGGAAAGAACUGUGCAUAAAUAUUUAAAGUACGUCACCAUAUAUCAUCGCUGUCAUACAAAUAUCUGGUGUCUCCAUUUUUGCAGUUUUUCACUUUCUGCCAUAAUGUGAAUUUGGCAGUUACUCCAUAUAUUUUGACCAACAGAUAAGCUCCAAAAUGCUUUGGAAUAAAAUCGUAUUAUUUACGUUGACUUCCACUGAAAGCUACAAAGGUUUUAAACUGCUAAAAGUUACCAUAAUGGAGGUUUUGUGUGACAGUGAAUAAAUGGUAGUACAUCACAACUUUACUAAUUUACUAGUGAAGUAUAAUCCCAGUUGGGCCAACAUUCCAUUAAGAGUAAAACACCAAUAAGAGUAAGUCUUCUUAAGUAAGACUCCCUACAUCUUUAUGUUCUCUCCUAUCUGUGUAGGAGAUUAUUCAUAUGCAAAUUGCUCUGAAUAAAAGCAGCAGAAGAAUGCCGUACAUGUGCUAAAGUUUAAAAGUCACAUAUAAAACAAAUUCGGAUUACGCUGACAUGCCAUAAUCCAUGGAAAGUAAAGAACAAUGCACUGACCGGCACAGUCACUUGUCUGUUGUUGACGGACAAUUCUAGCCAGAUGCCAGAGGUCAUGAUCAUUUCCAUCCACUGCACUGUCCACUGCAUAUGGUAAUUACGGUGGCCGAGAAAGCCCAACGUGGUGCAAAUUGAAAAGCGCUGCAAAAGCACAAAACACGUCCAUCAAAAUUACAACACAGGCACAGCAAAUAGAAAAACACGCAGCAAAUAGACAAAUAGCAUCUUUUAAGGUCCCCCGGGAAAAUUCCGUUGUGUUGUGACUCACUUCCGUUGUGUUGUGGUUGUAUUUGCAGUGCGUUUUUCUAUUUGCAGCGCGUUUUUCUUUUCGCAACGCUUUUCAAUUUGCACUGCGCUGGGCUUUCUCGGCCACCGUAGGUAAUGCCUUUUAUGACAUAUUCCCAAGAAUGUGAGAAGAAGAAAUUUCUUAUUAAGAAUGUUUGUUCAACAACAGCCACUGAAACAAUAAUUAAUCGUACAAUCAAAAAAUGAAUAGUUGUUUGUACUUCAUUUAAUUGUGCUGUGGUCUUGUAGGUAUAAAAUACUCUGAACCUAAAAUCAGCAUAUAAACCAGUAGGUCAAACAACAUGCUUGGUGUAAAUUUAAGUGUUGUAUUUGUUGUUGUACAAUCUUAGAAAUAUAAAUAUAAUUCAUUCAUGCCAUAGAACAGUUGUUUCUCAACCCUGAUCUUUGAGGCCCCCUGUUCUGUAAGUAUUAGUGCUUUUCCUGCUUUAUCCUGGCCUGUAUGAAGCGCAGAAGUCCCAGACUUUUUAAAAAGUACUUUAUGAAAAAAAAUAUUAAAAAUACUCCAGUAGAUACAGAUACAGCAUUUAAAAAAAGAAUUUCUAUUUUCUCCCCAAUUUACAAGGCUAAUUACCUAACCCACUCAUUAGGACUCCCCCAUCACUAGUGAUGCCCCAAGACCAGGAGGGUGAAUACUAGCACAUGCCUCCUCUGACACAUGAAGUCGGACUCCGCCUCUUUUUGAACUGCUGCUGAUGUAGCAUUGCUAAGUAUCAUAACAGCCAAUUGUGCUCUCUCAGGGCUCUGGCAGCUGAUUGCAAGCUAUAUGACCAGGGUUCGAACCGGCGAUCUCCUGAUCAUAGUAGCAGCACUUAGCCGGCUGGACCACUCAAAGCCUAGAUACAGUGUUUUAGUACUUAAGUACAGUAGUGAAGUAGUUCCACUUCAUUACUAUACGUCUCUGGCUUAAAACACCCACUGAAACGCAAUAAUGGACUGGUUAUGAGCUGAUUAGUUGGAUUAGGUGUGUUAGAAACAUAGAAAACACAAAAAAGGGCAGGGCAGUGUGAUUACAGGACCAGGGUUGAGAACGACUGCUACGUAAAAAAACACAUUUGAUUCCAUAAAGAAUCCAUUUUGUAAAGGAGCUGGGAGUGUGAAACUCUUUAAAGGCACAUUAGGCAAUUUUUGGUUGGUUCUGUUCACUGUUUUAAAGAUGCACUGCUGUUCCUCCGGUUCCUCCCUAUAGCCAUGCGGGAUUGUUUUGAGCACACCAGACUGGAAAAGGGUUUUGUGCAUUGCAUGGUUAAAAGUAAAAUACAAUAAGAAUUUUUUUUUUUUUUACAGUUCUAGGGUCAUCACUAAACAUUAGUCUAGACAGAUAUAAAUGUUUUGUGAGUUUCAUGGCAGCAAAUGCCAUAGACCUUCAACCAGAUUUACGCAGCUCAAUGUAAAACGCACUUUAAACCAACUCUGCACCAAAUAAUGAGCUUUUUAGUAAAGCAAAAACACAUACCUGCACUGAACUUCACUUAUUAAGCAAGUUUUCCAAAUAUCGAGCAAGUGUUUAACCAGCAAGCUAACUAAUUAUCUAAACAGACAUCUCCACUAGCCACUUAGCUAUGCAGCAACAGACCAUAUUCAUGAAAAUAGAUGAACAAAAAAUCUUUACACACAAUAACAACCAUAGUGAAAGCACAAAAAUACACGGAAAGAGAGGAAUCAUUCUAAUUUUACUUACAAUCAGCCAUUUAGCUCUCUCUUCAUGGUGAUUUUAGAGCCAAUAGCAACUAUCCUGCCUCUCGCUCUCUGUUAGGGGCAUUGUCCUUAGUGUAGUGUCUUACGAUGCACGAGACUUGUGAGCUGAUGGGUGUGGGCCGAGGGCUCCUGAAGUUUGGAAGUGUGUUGGAAGUGUGUUUUAUCCCCUACAGACCACAAGGGCAGCCAAGAGAACCUUCUUUACGCUGUAAUGACUCAUUUAAUCAUCUAAAACAGUAUGAAGUGCAUUGAUUAACUAAAAUAUGUUGCCUGGUGUGCCUUUAAAUUGGUAAAGAUCCUAUUCAAAAGACCCCAUUUACAAAAAUAUUUGUUUCUAUGGCAAACCUGAACCUUUUGGUAGCGUGUUACUUUUCAGUAAUGCAGAUACAACACUAAAAGGUGUAACCCUUUAGUGAAUGGUAUUCUAGAGAUAUAAGGACUGCAGAAGAGCAGAAGGGCUCCUGAUUCCAGGCCUAAGGACCCCUGUGUUAUACCAUUUUAGUGCAAGGACAUCUAAGCAUGCUAUAUGUACCUGAAAACAUGUACUUGAUUAGCUCUAUCACCCUAAGUAUAGCCCCAAAAUCAAGCAGACAUGUUUGGUCUCUGAGGUUUGCUUUUUUGUUUUUGCACUAGAGCUACUAGGCUAGGCUAAUGUAAAGAACAAGGAUGUGGAAAAGUCCAAAUCACACAUUAGGUUAACAUUGUGCAACUGUGUCCAGGUGUUCUAAUCUCUAAUAGACCUGCCUUAGUGCUCUCUGACACUGAAUGAUAUACUGUUAUCUACCAACUGGACAAAAGUAUAUCAGAUAGCUCAAAACAGUGAUUACUCAGGGAGGAGGUGUGGCGAAAGGUGGCAUUAGGUUAGAAGUACAUGUGCCCAUUUGUGUUUGCAACUAAUACUCUUAAAAAUAAAGGCACUAUGAGCAGUGGUUCCCAAGGCUGGUUUUGAUAAAACUCUUGACCCUAAAUAUUGUACAGUGCAUCUCAGUUGCAGAAUAAUUAUGAUCAUCUCCUUUUAUUUCUAUACAGGGCGAUCCUGGAAAAAAAAAUUGUUGGAGGCUGCAAAAGGCUUAAGACCUUCCAGCAAGACAAUGACCCUAAACAUACAGCCAGAGCUACAGUGGAAUGGUUUAGAUAAGAAAAUAUUUAUGUGUUUACAGACGUCUCCAUCCAACCUGGCUGAGCUUGUUUUGCAAAGAGGAAUGAGCAAAAAUCUCAGUCUCUAGGGGCCAGUUGUUCAAAAAAUGUAAUCCGGAUCAAAAUUAUCCAGAUUUGGUAAUCACAUUUUUUGCUAUCCAGGAUCAGGUGAUCUGUCUUACUUUUAAGCCAGUUUUUCAAAGCAAUAUUGGAUUGGAUCAACCUGAUCCAGAAACACAGUUUUCAAAAUUACCUAAUCCGCAUUACCAGCUAUGUAAAAACAGAUAGAAGAACCAACAGGGGUUGAUGACUCCUUUUCUUGCAGUUAACAAGAUACUGCUUAUUGCAAAACAAUACGAGCAAUUGAGCAUUCUGCAGAGACGCUUUGCAUGACCUUAACUAUUUGCGAGUCGAACCACAGGGAGCAUGCAACAUAACACUUGCAUGUAUUGUCCUGCCCAAUGUUGCUACCAGACGCAAUGUCCAUCUCUGUGAUGUUCAUGAUGCACCUGAGCCUGUUGAAGAACCAGACCAAACUCUGGUGUUCUUUGCAAUUGUUCGAAAUAAUUUUUGACAGCUUCAUAUCUGAUGAAUGUUUCUUUGACAUUAAUAUACAGUGAUGAAUGACAGUGACGUAGAUGACAAAAUGAAUAUAUUAUUUUUGUUUGUUAUUGAAAUCUUUUGGGGGGUUUAUUUAAUGGGGUCAAGAUUGUUUUUAUUUAGGGCGCCGAGUGGUCCAGCGGUCUAAAGCGCUGCCACUAUGAGCAGGAGGUCGCAGGUUCGAACCCCGGCUCAUGCAGCUUUGCCAUCAAGCUGCCGGCGUUAGAGGGAGCAAAAUUGGCCUUGCUCCCUCUGGGUCGGUAGAUGGCACUCUCUCCCCACAUCACUCCAAUGGUGAUGUCUACAGCACAGGGCAUCUGUGAGCUGAUGUACCGGAGCCGAGCCGCUGCGCUUUCCUCCAAGCGCGCUGGCUGCUCUGUAAUGCUGCAUCAGCAGCAGUUCGAAAAGAAGCGGUGGCUGACUUCACAUGUAUCGGAGGAAGCAUGUGUUAGUCUUCACUCUCCUGGUGUGUUGGGGCAUCACUAGUGAUGGGGGAGUCCUAAUGGGUAAUUGGCCG